AUGUCUGCGACUGCAACGAUGAUUUGUGUUGCGUGUGUUGAGGAAAAUAAAGGGCGCAAAUGUGACCACGAAAAACCGGUGAAAGAGUUGGGUUUGGAUCAUCAUCAGGCCUGUGAGAAUAGUUCCUUUCUUCAUUCUGUUAUCAACAUGGUUGGUAUGCUCAUUGGGCUCGGCCAACUAUCAAUGCCGUUCGCAGUGGAAAACGGCGGUUGGAUCUCUCUCUUGCUCCUGAUAUCCCUCGGAGUCCUCACUACUUACACUUCCCACAUCCUCGGGAACUGUCUCCGCCGCCACCCCAAAUCUAAAUCCUACUCCGACAUCGGCUACUCCGCCUUCGGCCGCAACGGUCGCCUCAUCGCCUCCCUCUUCAUCUACCUCCAAAUCUUCAUGGCCUUAGUCUCUUACACCAUUUCCCUCCACGACAACAUUGCCGCCGCUUUUCCCGCCACCUUUACAAACCACCACAACGGUUAUUUCCCUGCGGCGAAGCUCACGGCGGUGGCGGUGGCGAUCGCUCUGCCGAGUUUGUGGAUAAGAGACUUGUCUUCGAUCUCGUUUCUUUCUUCCGGUGGGAUUCUUAUGUCGGCGCUUAUAUUCGGAUCCGUGGUUUACACGGCAAUAUUUGGCGGCGUUAGUGACAACGGGAGGAUUCCGUUGCUCCGGUUAGGGAACAUCCCGAUGGUCUCGGGAAUUUAUCUGUUCGGCUUCGGUGGACACAUCGUAUUUCCUAAUCUCUAUACUUCCAUGAAAGAUCCCUCCAAAUUCACAAAGGUAUCGAUCGUGAGCUUUGCUACGGUGACGGCAUUGUACACGGCACUAGCCAUCACAGGAGCGACGAUGUUCGGACCAAGCGUAAAUCCCCAAAUUACCCUCAGUCUUCCAAAACAUUCACUAGUAACCAAGAUCGCUCUCUGGGCCACUGUACUAACCCCAAUGACCAAAUACGCAUUAGAGUUCGCUCCAUUAGCCAUCCAGCUCGAACGCAGCCUUCCUUUGAACAUGACCGAUCGCACCAAGCUCGUGGCUCGUGGUCUUGUUGGCUCCGCUAUUCUACUAGUCAUUCUCGCGUUGGCUUUGACCGUGCCUUUCUUCGGCUAUGUCUUGAGCCUCACGGGAUCGUUGGUUAGUGUCACGAUCGCUGUCAUAUUACCGUCUGCUUUCUACUUGAAGAUUUGCUGGGACGGGAUGUCGAAGCUCAAGAAAGUCGCGAAUCUCGGGUUUAUUGUUUUCGGUUGCGUUCUUGGAGUUUUGGGAUCGUUUGAUUCCUCCAAGUCGCUUGUCAAAGAGCUUGUUCGCGUUCAUGGCGGUUAA